AUGGACUUUCAGUCACUAUCAACAAUCACUCCAGGCAUGCCUGGCAGAUCGACCAUCAUGGAAGCGGCCUCUUUGGAUCCCCUCUGCGUGAUAUACCUGACCGUACACUUCUCGUUACUCCUUGUUCUCCCGCAUUACAUGUUUUCUCGCCUUCAUCAUGUGCCGACGUUACAUCAUAAAAACCCAGUCACUCUUGGGAAAGAAGUCAGACUAAUCAGAAGAGUGACCAUGAUCAUGUGGGCUGCGGUGGCUUUUGUGUGGGUUGACUCGAUGGUGCAUUUCGGAUUCGACCCUCAGGCUCAGGGAUGGUUGCUUCUGCUUCUUGUGCUCUUCAAUGGCCUUGUAUUUACAUCAUUUAUCCUCCCUUAUUGGACUGGGGAGCUUCCAGAGUACAAUUCUGAUGGCGCGAGUCUUGAGGCUUGA